UCUUUCUCGGGACUAAUUUACAUUAUUUAACCUCAACGUUUUUUUGAAGAGGGUCUGAAUGCAAAGACUUUUUUGCUUCUUGAAAAGUCAAUUAAAAUAUUUUAAGGGACCGCUGAAUUAACUAUUUUGUGUGUGUUUGUCACAUUAAGGGCAGAUAUUAAUGAAUGUGUCACUUUGCUUUUGACAAGGUCAGCAGAGAAGACCACAAAGACCAUUGGUUAAUGUAAUUUCCGCCUCUACCCAGAACUGGAGCAUGUCACGACAGGAAAUCAGUGUUACUCGCUUGACCGGCAAUCCGACGUCGUCUUUCUUAAGUCAAGCUUUCGUGCCGAAAUUUAUGGGAAAGUUCUGGUCAGAGGAGCCAAAAAGGUCAGAGCCUUAUAUUAUAUUAUAAUCAUAUUAUAUUGCAUCCAAAAUUCUAUCGAGCGUCCCUCCGUAUGUGGAAAAGUUUAGUGCAUUUUGCACACAUUUGCAUUAAGUUUAACCACAACGAAGUGUUUGUCCUAGUUUAAAUCAAACGUCACGUAACGGCGGGCUGAGUAGAGUUUGGAAGAGUAUUGUUAUCCUGUUUUUAACUGAGAAAGUUUGUAAGCGGUGGACUCUUAAUUUAGUAAGCUGUAUUAUAGGAUGAUCAGUCCCAUAAAUGGGGCCAAGAAUGGCCCUGAAGAAGAACUACAUGUGUGUUUGCACUACUGAGGUGGUCUUAUUAACAAUGGUGACCGUAUUUUAAGCUCAUUUCAGUCUCACAAAAGUCCAACUCAGCUGAAGAAUAACUGAUCUCAUACAACAAAAUAAAGCGAGUCUCAAACAGAGAAUUUACGCAUGCAAACAACGUAGCGUUUGAAUAGUAAGAUUUGCCCUUCAUCAAAUUGGCAUUUCGCACGCUGCGAACGUAAUUUAAAGCGACAUCUGUACAACAUUUGUAAUUGUCUGCGCUGGUGAACCUUAUUGUGCCACUACGGAUAUUAUAAGUAUCCUGGUUUUUAUUAGGAUGUGGAUGCCCGGAAAAAAAGAAAAUCUCGAAAUACUCGUUAACUGGAGAGGAAAAGUUGGAGUUGUUCGAAACAUGUUUAUGCCGAUGAUAUCGAUUUAAUAACCGAAUUUAAUUUAGGAUAUUAAAAUACAAUUUGGCGUUAUGUGAUCGCUCGAUUCUAAUUGAUGUAUACAUGUCUUUCUGCAGAUCAAGUUUACUCACAUUAUUGAAUAGAGCUGAUAUAAUUAAUAGCGAUCCUUUAUUUUGUUUAUCGAUUUUAAAUAAAUCAUUCGUUCUGCAUCAAAGUUAUUAACUGUUAAACGAACUAUUUUCGUAUUUAUCUUUACAUCUUUACACUAGAUUGUUGUUCAUGCACUGAUCACCAUCCUAACAGCAUAGAAAUGACUCAAGGCCGCGUCAUUGUUGUUCUCACCUUCUUGAGCAUCAUCUUGGCUCGUUCCGGUUGGUAGAAAAAAGUUACUUUAGUUUUGUUUCAGAUGCUAUACUCACAGCCGAAUGAGAAUACAUUAUAAUAACAUUUUACUCUUGCGGAGGAAAGAUAAUAAUCAAAAGCUAUUCAUGGGAAACGGAUUUCUACAAAGCUUAAGUUUGAGACAGAAUCCUUGUCAGCUGAAGAUCCAUGGAACUACUACAUCAAUAUGUAUCAUAUGUAGAGUUGAUUCCGAAACACAGAAUAAAAAAGUCAACCAUUUGACGUUUUGUGUAAGGUUUACAAUUAUUUUCACCUACUAGUUUGAAAAUUGACUUGAAGGCGAGUCUGUUGAAAUUACUAAAUUUUUAAAAGUUUGAUUUUCUCUCGAUCAGAUUUUUCUGAUGCGAAAACUCUUCGAACCAACCAUGGAAAAGUCAACUACACAGAGGCAGAUAAAGAAUGCAGAUCAAAAGAUUUUAGAAGUCAUCUUGCAAAAAUUCAAACUAUCGAAGAACUUCAGUUGGCUAAAAAUGUAUCAAAUAAUACUAACGGUGUAAAGUACUGGAUGGGUCUCAACAUCUGGUGAGUGGAAAUUGUCAUGGCGUACUUACGCGACUUUUAAAUUGUUUAGUCCAACCACCUCAUACUAUGCAUGAGGUAGUUGGUAAUAACAUGAUAACCUUUCAAUUUUUUGCAUUUUUUCUCUUCUUUUGUCAGCGUUUCUAAAUUGGUUAUGGAUACGUUUGUUGCAGGAAUGGUACUUGGAAAUGGAGUGAUGGAAAGGCUGCUUCUGGAAAACUUACCGAUAUUGUGAAAAAUUAUAAUGACACAGAAGCUUUGUCUAUAGAACCUAAGAUGUUCUGUUGUGUAGUAACCCAUGAUCCUUUCCUGGAGUGUACCAACUGUAGCGAGCAGCACGCCUCUCUAUGUGAAGACUUCCAAGGUGAGACGUGUGUUUAACACAGCUUAGCAAAUUUACUGAAAAAACAAUACUUCUGGCUUUUUUUGCAUUGGCAGAAAAUUUUCGGCGGCACAACCACUUACAAGGAUUAAAUAAAAAAAAAUUAAUUGCGCUAUCAAAUGAGAUCUUCCUCCUCAUUUCUAGUGAAUCAAGUUAUUGAAAAUGUUACUUUAAGUAUUAUCAUUAUUAUUUCAAUAAUAAUUGACAUUAUUUUCUCUUACCGAUAAACAGAAAAUAACUUCACUCAAGUGGAUUCUAAUGCAAGGUUGGUAUGCUUAACAGUUCACUGAUGUGCCAAAGCCCCUUCGCACAUUUUUUUUCAGCUUAAUCAUUUUAUUCCUUUUGUUGUGUUUUUUAAUCCUUAGCUGCAUUCCAGUAUUUCCUCCAGUUACUGCAUCCGCAAGAAACGCUUCCUGUAUAUUCUAUGAGUAUAAAGGCGAAUUUUGCAAGGAUAUAAUCAAAAGUUUGUACGUUUAUGGUAACCAAACGACACUGGAUCUUGGAGAAGUGGAAACUGAGUCAUUUAAUGCUUAUUUCGAAUGGUUUGACAUCUCAGAAAAAUGUCAACCUAUAAUCAAAGAUUUAUACUGCCGCUAUUACUUCCGGCCUUGCGACGAAUCCUUGGGCGAGCCUACAGAUCGCAGGAUUUGUCGCAGCUCAUGCGAUUAUUUGAUGGACGAUGUUUGCAAAAAAGAGGCGGAUGUUCUCAAAAUAGCAGUGGUUUCGUCCCCACACAUCGACUCAAAGAUGAUUAAUUGCUCGUUCUACCAACCUGCUAAUGGUGGAGAUGCUCCUGAGUGCUAUGAGUGGCCAGAUAUCCCUGGUGAGUGUUACACAACUACUAAAAAUCCUUUAUCGCAGGGACUUGGCCUGGUGAUGGGAAUUAGGAUUUUGGUUGUUUAACCAUAAAAUUUUUCUGAUCCCCCCAUAAAGCUCUGUAAAAUUUUUAUGACUCUCCCCCCAUUGACAGUUAAUAUUCUUAGGUAUUAUUGUUGCAAUGCGCGCGCUCUGAUUGGUUGAGUAGUGUGUCAUGUGUCAUAUUUACAACAGAAUUCGAAAACACCUGAGAAAUUUUCAUUAAAACUAAUUAUUCGCCUUAGGCUCCAUGAAUAUUAUUGAAUAAUUCCCUCGACUUCGUCUCGGGGAAGUAUUCAGCAAAAUUCACAGAGCCUAAGACGAAUAAUUGUCAUACUUCACUCUUGUUCAUGGGUGCCUUUUUUUCUUUAUAACCAGAACAGAAUAGAACCCCGAAGCGAUUUUAUUUAUUAUUUUUAAAAUCAUACAAAAAUGUUUUUACCCUUUUGAUAGAUAGAUGGUUCCAGGCAAAUGAAAUGAGAAGAAGGCUUAAAGCUCCCACUAUACUUUUAAACACUUUGUGAUCGCUUUAGAAUUACGAGUACGAACACUCUAUAGCUAUGCAAAAGUAAAACACCUGAAGCUGUUAGUCUAAUCUUUUCACCCAAUGUUACAAUUAUUGCAAGCUUGAGUAGCUACGCAAACCACAGAGUUUGAUAAUUUCGCUCGUCCUUUCCUAACCUAUGCCGCAAUCUGUUUUUUCAUUCUUUUGCAGGUGACAACACAAACAGCAUAGGUCAGUCAUUUAUGUACUGUUCUUAAAUGUAAUUCGAUUACAGAGAAUUCCCGUCGCAGAACCGAACCGUGGAACCGAGGCACUAAUUUAGUGUCCUGGCCUCCGUUCCACAACUACAAAACGACUUCAAACAUUAAUUUGUCUCCCAGUUUUAACUAUUUUAUUUGUGCAGUACCUCAGUUGACGUCAUAAAUGCGUUUUAUUCAUCCAAGAUUGUUACUUUGGAGUCGGUCUUGGUUACCGAGGUAAUGUGAACGUCACCCGGUCUGGUCGUACAUGUCAGUCUUGGAAAUCCCAGUGUCCUCAUCGUCACUGGCGGGUCCCUGAAGAUGUCGCUGAAUCCAAAAAUGACUCGAACCUGUGUCGUAAUCCGGAUAGCAGUGCCCUAGAUGGACCGUGGUGUUAUACCACAGACCCAAACGUCCGAUGGGAAUAUUGCAACGUAUCUCGUUGUCCUCCAGGAAGUAAAGGUUAGUCACUGAUGUGGGGGAGGUGGAAGAGAUCACUUGAGAGAUAACUGCAAUAGAUUUAUAGAUUAUUAAACGUUUGCUCCUUCUGACCUAUACUAGCAAAAGAAAAAAAAGUAGAAAGAUAUUGACAGACAUAAUCAAUCAUGGUCACUUUCUAUCUGCGCAAAAUAUCACGCAUAUGAAAUACCAUGCAUAGCAUAUCUUGACAAUUAAGUCACCUAAAAUACUUAAUAAAGAAGAAAAAAAAAUUUAAAAUAUUGGUUAUAUGUUCAAGCACCAGGAUUUUCAGAGCUUUUGUUGAUGUUUUUCAUUCCGUUUAGGAAAACCGCCGCCGCCAAUAGACUUCAUAGUAGAGAAUGUGCAGACAAGAUAUUUGAUAUUGACUUGGGAUGAGCCAGUAAAUGCCAGCCUUCACCAAAUACAAAGCUACACCAUAGAGCGAUGGACAUCAAGAUCGAAGAACAUUACGAAGACAGUUCCUUACCCUGAGUCCAAAAUGAUCAUGAAGGACUUGGAACCCUCUACCGAAUACACUCUUAGAUUAUCAAGCAACAAUAUGUAUGGAAGGUCAGAUGGUGUAUUUUUAACACAGAACACACUGCCAGGUAAUCAUCCUAAACCUGAUGUGAAAUACAAACUAUCUGCAGAUUUAUCUUACGUCUCAGAGCUGUUAAACAUUUGUCUUUCAAUCUGAGUUUUCUUAAUCUCGUUAAAAAUCAAAUACAUUUGUGCAAGCGUCUUCUUGCAAAGAAUAAUUCAGUCCUCUUCCUGUUCUAAAGAGUUCUUCCAAAGUUAGGCUCUCGUAGCCACUUCUAAACUAAUGCGUUCGUUGUCUUUUUUCCAGACAGGUUUAUUGUGAAUUUAAUGCUGAUCAUAGUUUUGCCGCUGGGCUUAGCAUUUAUAUUCAUCGUGAUUGUUUGUGUCAAGUUUGGAUCAAAUUGCAAUUCCAGGCCAAAUAAAGUUUAUGAUGAGGUAAGUGCGUUUAAAUAUUUAAAAAGGAUUGAGUGGACGAAGCUGAUUUUCCUCUUUUCCCGCAGACAGAAAUUUCCAUUCGUCGCAACUGGGAGGAGAUUCGCAGAUCAGAUGUUAUCCUUCAACAUAAGCUGGGGGAAGGUGCGUUCGGAGAAGUGUUUAAAGGCGUGGUGUGCAUAAAGGGAAAUGCUAGGGCAUGUGCAAUCAAGAAGCUUAAAGGUAGGGAUUUUAAUAGUAUUCUAAAAUAUUGAUAGGAAAUGGGUCAACAGGUUUAUCGGCUCAUUUGGUUUAUUCGAUCGUUGUUCGUUUGUCUGACGGAUCGAUUUACUGAUAGUCUGAUUGAUUGAUUGAUUGAUUGACUGACCGUCUCAUUGAAUGACUGACGAAGCGACUGUUUUACUGAUCGACUGACCCACUACACUGAUCGAUUGAUUAAUUUUAAUAACGCAAGGGUGUUAAUAUAAUUAAUAAGAGGACUUUCCAUUUCAGCCAAUACUACAGAAAAAGAGAAGGAAGACUUGCUCAACGAGCUUCAAAUCCUGGUCACAAUUGGUGAACAUCCUAAUAUCAUAAGUCUUAUUGGAGCGUGUACCAAGUCUGGUAAUUAUUCUAGAGAAAAAUUUGUUACUGUGGUUACUGUAGUUGUAUAAUCUUCUAGAUUUACUGAAAAACUUUUUAAAGACUUUUGGCCUUCCUUUUGUCUUCCUAAAAGCAUACUUUCAGUUUUGUUCAACAGAACAAAUAUCUUAUUAAUUAACUCUCUUUUCUCGAGUUUUUGUAUUCCUCUAACAUGUUACUUUUGAUUAAAUACCUAGAAUCAAUUUUGGUGAUUGUUAGUUUGGCUCCAAAUGGCUGUUUGCUAAACGAACUGAAGAAGAACAGAGAAAAUCCAUACUACAAUGAUUCUAUAACAUCUGUCGGAUUCACACGCGUCGACAAAUUGAAGAUUGCAAGAGACGUCGCCUGUGGAAUGUCUCACCUCGCAAGUAAAAAGGUAGUGAUGAUACUGAAAAGCUCUAUUUAACCCUAAGGAACCUAUAAUUAGUUAUUUCUAUUUGGUUUUCUUUGGUAGUGUGUUCAUCGUGACCUUGCUGCAAGAAACGUGCUUCUUGGAGACAGGAAUGUUGCGAUGGUUUCCGACUUCGGCUUGUCACGUGAUGUUUACGAAAGUGGCGAAUACGAGACUUUAUCCAGGGUAUGACUAGUUUCCUCAAAGUUUAGGGAAAGGCGAGGGGUAUGGUAGAACUUCUAAGAGUUAUGGCUUUUCAACAAAGAUUGCUCUGCAUUCCAAAGCGUCCCCCUUGUAUUUCCUAUUAAUGCAUUAAUGAAUAUUAGCUUAGAAAUUUAUUCAUUCAAGUUACCUUUGGCAGUUUGUCCUAUCAUAAUUAACAUAGAAACUUAAGCAAUGUGAAAUCAUUUUAUUUCCUCCCCCCCCCCCGCCCCCUUUCAACAACACUAUAUUCGUUGUUACUGGUCAAAGUAUCCACACACUGAAAUGAUAAAAGAUCGUUGUUUACUUGUAUCCAUUGGAAUACUGGAUCAUCGUACGGAAAGUAAAACUUUCCAAUUUCUCCCACAAACCAGGGAAUGUUACCAGUUCGUUGGAUGGCCCUUGAGUCUUUGGACUUCUUCACAUUCAACACGAAGACAGACGUGUAAGGCAUAAUUUGAGAAAUCUUACUAGAGCGAGUCCAUUUUAUUGUCCAUUUCGUUGUUUUCAUAAAUUGACAUGUCUUAUUUGUCUUUAGAUGCUUAAGUUUCGAGCUGGUGCAAUACAGAAAUCCCGUGUUGCAUUCUGUCUAGCAAAUAGGUUCAAUGUUGCGGUUGGUCUGUUUAGUAAUCACAGAUGACGUCAAAAUGUGGUGAGAACAAAAAGUGACACACGAAGUUCUUAUCACGUUUUGAUGGUUCCUGUGACUCAUAAAUAAACCGAACAACAUCAAAAUGGAAUAUAUUUAUACCACAAAAAACCCUAAAUGUUGUUGAUUUUACCGUCAUCUCUACCCAUGUCCUCCAAAAGAUUAUUGUUUGAACUAAACGUAAUGCGCCGAAAAAUUCGGCCGAUCAUAUUCGAAACAAUUGUGCAUCCUUUAACCAAGUAGGAACGAGAUGAUUUGUCGAGGAGAUGAAAAACUGCGGGAAAUGGAAAGAAAACUGGGUUUUGCUGAAAACGUAUUUGUCGUUAUUGCCCUUAGAGACUGCUACGAAUAAAAAUUGAGAAAUUUUUGAAGGAGUUAUCGUCUUAUUAUAUUUUAAAAUUUGGAAAUCAAGUGGAAAAAAACAUCAUUGCGCAUGAUAUUUUUGAUAGGUGGUCGUUUGGAGUGCUUCUAUGGGAGAUCGAGUCAGAAGGUGAACGCUUUAACUUAUAUUUGAUAGUCAGUGCAUCAUUAUUACUUCCCCAAGUGUUAUUUAAGUGUCCCACUCUAUAAACUGGACUAAGUUCAUUGUGCCCUCACUAGUACGUUUUUUUUUUCUUAUCAUUCCUUGUCAAGGUAUAAUGCCAUAUUGCGAACUUGGAGGAGCAAUGGAAAUCAUCGAAUAUCUACAGUCAGGACAAAUUUUAGCGAAACCGGAUGGAUGCCCGAAUGAAAUGUAAAUAAUCUUUCAAAGAAUGAAAAUCAGCUCUUAUAUAUAAUGGCUCGCAUUUGAUCGUGGGCUGGCUGACUAAACUUAAUCUUUUCCUCUAACAGUUACGAGAUAAUGAAGUCCUGCUGGGAUCUGGAUCCGAUGAAACGUCCAUCAUUUGUAGAUCUUUUGGCGUCACUAGAGAAAGAACUUACUAAAACAAAAGACGUAAGGAAAUAAUUAUCAUGACUGGUUCUGUUGAUGAUCAUGCGCGAAUUAGUACAAGGAAAUGGAUGGGGGAGUUGCUCUUCACCGCUAUCAAAACGUAUGCUCAAUAAUGUCUGUUUAAUGUUUUUCCCUUCUAGGAUCUGCUGAAAGAUAAGAGCCUCCUAGUUAAUGAAGCAGGGUGGUACUUCAGAUAAAAACACGGCCAUGCAGUGUAAUGAAGUCACUGUUGUUACGUUCCCUUGUCGAGGGAGAGGGAAAAGUUAAUAAUUAGGAAUUAACAAUAAAUCCCUCACACUGUUACAUCAAUGUAUGUACUACUUAAAAACCAUAACCUUGCAUUAAAAAAAAAAUUCUGUCUUAUAUUACAUACGCCAUGAGGAAAAGUGCAAAUUUAUUUUCACUUAAACUGAUAACUUACACCAAUAAUAGUUAUCACUAUAUCUGCCCCUACCUUUUGGUGAUGUAAUUUUUUGAUAAUAGAAAAUGUCCCGAGAGUUUUGAGGGAGAUUUCUCAUGUAGUUAGUAGAUUACAAUAAAAUAUCAGUAAAAAAAUCUGUGCUACAAAAGAGAGCUUCUCAGAUGGUUUUGAGUAAUUUUGGCAACCAAGAGAUUGCUGCCUAGCUUCGGAGAUCGAACAAACCUUUAAAUGUCCCGACCUCACCUUUUUUGUCUUUAGAAAACUUGCAUCUAAACGUAUUGAUUAGUCAGUAAUUCAGUGCAGAGAUAUUAUAUAGAAACAUUUAAUAUCCAGUUUCAUCUUUGUUAUUUCAUAACAUUUGCACAUUUGCCGUAUAUACUGCUGCGUCAGUUUCCUUGUUUAACUUCAUCAGUUGAAAGGAAGCAUUGACUCGUAAGAAACAGUUUUUGAGCCGAUACAUUGACUUUUACAACCGUAAUAUUGCAGUAUCUUUGUACGGAAGGGAAGUUAUUAUUUUUAUUUUGAUCAUCAUUAUCAUUAUUAUGGAUUAGCCGCAUCUUUUCCCUUGUAUUCCCUUUUGUUACAGACAGUGUAAGUCAAAUGAUUACUAAACGAUGUCACUUGAUCACUUGUGUGAAACAAAAUGAUCGCAAAACGAUGUCACUUGAUCACUUGUGUCACAAUCAGGGUUGGUGGAGCAGAAAAUAUCUCGGACGCCAAAUAGCAAAUUUAUUAACUUCUGAUAUCUUCGAUGCGUGCUCCCAAAACGAUUCAAAGAAAUAAAUGUGACCGUCACGCGGUUGAUUUUCAGCGCGGAUUUUGCAACAAGCAGGAACAACUCUCCAUUAAGGUCCUUUUUCAAUCGAACAAUAUAACACACAAUUCAAGCAAUCAUGUGCAUUGAAUUGGUAUGCUAAUAUUGCGGUUCAGUCAACACUAUAAAGUCUACCAUUUAUUUCCACUCGAGGCGUAUUUGUAAUUUCUGAUUUAUUCAUUCUACUGCACUGUCGUACAUAUCCGUUGAAUCCGAAACACUUCAACCCAAUAGACCACCUACAGUUAAGGAUCAUUUCUAACACACCUCGUUGAAAAAAUAUUCGCCCAUGACACAAAAACGAAGCAACUUAAUUCGACUGAUCGAUGUUCCAGUGUAUAAUUUGCCUAUCAUCGGGACGUUUUGGAAAUCAUGUUAAUGUGGUAGCUCUAGGCGCCGGUGUUCUUUUCUUUACUAGUCUGGCUCACUCUUGGCUGUAGCUAAGCGAAUAGCAGUACUCAGGAAAGUUCAUAUCGAAAAAAGAUCCAGAAACGAAUGCAAAAAUUUUUUUGGAAAAUUGGAAAUCAUCGGAGCACAACAACUAUUAUUUUGCAUUGUUGUGGCAUACGUAUGUCACACUAAGGACAGGCAUUAACGAGAAGGGAAUGGAGACAAUAAGUUUUCGCAAUUUCCGCCUCUGCCAAGACCUCCCCUAUUAAGGUUAUUAACUUGUGUUGUUUUAGAACGGAAACAUGUCGUGACAGGAAGUCGGUGUCAUUCGCGCGGCUGUUCAUUCGAAACUCAAACUUUCGAGCUGAAAAUCAAAGUAAAGUUUCAGUGAGUUGUGCGUCGUAGAGGUCAGCCUUGUGAAGGAAUAUAGCAGUCAGCAAAAAGGUAUUCACUAGGUUGGUAAGUUGGUAAGUGGUUCAUAUAAGCUCAUUGCCGCUUCCCUGUGUGCCCUGGGUGAAUGUACUUGCUUCUAAACUUUUUUAUUGGAGAGAAAAGGGAAUUUUAAACCAUUUUGUUUUAGAAACUCAGUGCAAUUUAGAAACUUGGUGCAUUUGGACGAUAAACAUUUACAUUUAGUGUACUCAGGUUAAACGUCACGUCACCGCGUGUUAAAUACCAAACAUAUUCCUUAGAGCUUUGGCAUUUCAUUGUUUUUCCUGUUUUUAGUUAUUUACGGUGGAAAACAAUGUCUAGAUAGAGUGUGUAACCACUAGUUAUUAAGAGAGCAGUAUUUUGGGGCGAUCAGUUUAUUUAUUAAGAUUAAGAAACGGCCAUGAAGAACAACUUUCUAAGCAAAACUAACUUGGAUCGGUUUAUGGCGUUAAAUGUAUUUAACGCUCAUUUAAUUCCACAAAAUCUAGAAACCUAUCUCCACCAAAGCGGGUGGGAGAAGGGACGAACUGAUCUUAUACUACAAGGUAACGAGUCUAUUCAGAAAACGCAGCGUGGGAGUAUGUAGGUUUGCCCUCAAGCAAAUUGGCAUCAUACGUGCUGCGACCAUUGUUUACUGACGAUUACAUCGUUCAAGCAGCCUCUAAGGAUCAGAGGUCGUAAAAAUUAAUUACUUAUUCUACUUGUUAUUGGGAUACCCAUGGAAUAACAUUACUUCUAAACUAUCAUUCUUUAAUAGAAGAGUUAAUUAUGAAAAAUUUGAUCUCAUUUAAAAGAAGGAAUCGGAUUUAACUCUCAAAAUGUUUUAUAAAUUAUCAAACAAAAUAGUCAAAGAUAAUGUAGUAUCGACUGAUCUGUCAAUACUGAUUUAUUCACGUCAUAUUGCUACCACACUUUCCGCAGGUCGGUAAUACACUGAUCUUUUAGUUGAGUUGGAGGACUCAGUAGCUCUUGUGUAGUUUCGUUACUGAAAAAAUUUCAUUUGAUCAUCAUUUCGUGACCUCGAAUUAAUUGCUUCUUUAUCUUUUCAUGUCACAUUAGAUUGAAAUGCUUGUACUGGUAACCAGCCUUACAGCAUAGAAAUGGCUCAAGUUCGUGCCAUUGUUGUUCUUACCAUCUUCAACACUAUGAUGGCUCAUUGGGGUCGGUGGAAAGAGGGAUUUUUAUUUUUCUUAACCAUGAUACACAAACAGACGAUACAUGGUAAUAGGAGCAUAGGGUAAAAUAUAGACUGGACCAUUGGAUCCCUGGAUUACUGGACUAUUUUUUGGACUAUUUUUUAGAUAAUUUUUGGACCAUUAUUUGGACCAUUUUUUGGAUCUUUUUUGGAUUAAUUUUUUUAGACCAUUUUUUGGACCAUUUUAUUGGGGAAGAGGAUGAAAGAAAAUAAUUUGUAUGCUCAAUAUAAUUUGUAUGAUCCAUUUAAACCUCCAUUAAUCAGUAGCAUUUUCAAAUACAACGUCUUCCACCCCCCUCAUGUAACAACAGUCUGCCUCCCACCCCUUCCUGAGUACUGAUAAACUGCAUCCCACCCCUCCUUAAGUACUUAUGGUCUACCUCCCCCCGAUAAAAUGGUCCAAAAAUUGUCCAAAAAAUAGUCCCAAAAAAAAAAUAGUCCAAUCGUCCAAGGGUCCAACAGUCCAGUCCAUAUUCUAUCCUAUGCUGAUGAUAGGAGAUGACCUUUAUAAAAAAAACGUUUUAAUUGCCAAUCGUGUCCUUCACAGAGAUCUUUUCACGUUCCAUGAAGUGAGUGACGGAAUCUCUAUGACAUAAGCGACGAUCAUUUGGAUAAAGAAAUAUGAUCGUUUAGGCUUUCACAGAGCUGUUCACGAUAAGAUUUUCUUUUGUCUCGUCUGGCUUGGCCGCCUACUGAAUUAUUGAGAUUUCCCGUGGGAGCUUACUGCUCGUCGUAACAAGAAGAAGAUUAAUUAAAUAAUUUUAAUCUAGUUUAAGCAUUUAUCAUCGCGAUAAGAAAAAAAUGGAAUUUUAAUAUUAAAUUACUGUUUUGUUCACUUUUGUGACCUGCAGGCGCUUCUGGCGUAAAAACAUUCAGAGUUCACCACCAAAAACGGAAUUACACAGACGCAGACAAAGCAUGUAAAACAAAAAACCAAAGUGACCAUCUCGCAAAAAUUAGAAACGUUGACGACCUCCAGUUGGCUAAGAAUAUAUCAAAUACCACUAACGGCAAGAAAUAUUGGACGAGUCUCCAUGUCUGGUGAGUAACAAUUAUUUAUUGCGUACUUAAGUCAUUUUGACAAAUAAUGUGUGUCGUAGUUUGAUGCCAUUAGUAUUACUAAUUAACAACCAUUCACUGACAGAUGUGGAGGUGGUUGUCUUUUUUUUCUCCAGAAUAUACUAAAACAUUGAGAUGAUCUGUAAAAAGAAGAUAAUCUUUAGCUCAUUUGUUCCUGUAACGAUGACAAUGUUUUCGGGCGCAAAUCCCGCGCAAGUUGCCCCGAGGAGCAUAGCAAAGGAUAUUUAGAGUUUGAGAAGCCAAUUAUGGCACGUCUUCAACGCUAUCCACUGUUUUAGUAAACAUAUGAUAAGGGCCCUCUUGAUUACUCUAUCUUUACGUUUGCACAUUUUAAUGCUUUUUCUUUUCUGGGCACGUUGGACAUGUCCGCUACAGGAUUGGCGAUUGGAAAUGGAGUGAUAACAAUACGGCUGGUAUACAACUUAUAGACGUUGUGAACAAUUUUAAUCGUACAGAAGCACAGUCUAAGGAACCUAGGAAGUUAUGCUGUAUGGUAACCCAUGAUACUCUCCUGGAGUGCACUAACUGUAGUGAGGAGCACGCCUUUAUAUGUGAAGAUUUCCAAGGUGAGAAAUGAUGAUGAAAUACAGUCCAGCAACUUCAUUUAUGAUUCUUGCACCAAGAAAUUAUGUAAAUUCUCUGCAUUUACAGAAACCCUAGUACGACAUCAUCAUUUCGAUGUAAAAUUUAAAAACUAGAUGAAAUGUUAUCAAAGAUUUCCAAUUUUUUUAAAAUCAAUAUCAUUAUUUAUCCUUAUUUUCCUUCCACUGAUAAACAGAGAGUAAUUUUACUCAAGUGGACACUAAUUCGAGGUAAGAACAAUGAAAAUUUGACAAAAACGUUACGGCCUCUUCCCUUUCCAAGCUAAUUUUAAAGUAAUUCAAGCUGCAAUUCAUCAUCUCCCUUUUGUUAGUUAUUAAUUUGUUCGUCCUGAUGUCUUCCAUCAUUCAUUAUUUAAUUCUAAUUGGUUUGUAUAUUUUUAGCUGCGUUCCAGCAUUUCCUCCAGUCGAACCAUCUGCAAGAAACGCUUCUUGUAUAUUUUAUGAGUAUAAAGACACAUUUUGCAAGGACAUAAUCACAAGUCUGUAUGUUUAUGGUAACCAAAGUACAUUGGAUUAUGGUGAAAAGGAAACGAACACCUUUGGUGGCUACUUCAAAUUGUUUGAUAUCUCUCCGAAGUGUAGACCUGUAAUGAGAAAUUUGCACUGUCGCUAUCACUUUCCGGCGUGUGAUGAAACAUUGGACGAGCCUAAAGAUCGCGGGCUAUGUCGCAGCUCAUGCUUGUAUUUGAUGCAAGAUGUUUGUAAGUCAGAGAUGAAGUUUCUCACUGGAGCAUCAAAGGAGGCUCCAGUGUUCGACCAGAAAAUGAUAAAUUGCUCACUAUACAAGCCGGCUAAUGGUGGAGAUGCUCCUGAGUGCUAUGGGUGGCCAGAUAUCCCUGGUGCGUAUAUUACUCACGGUCAUCAUUAAUCCUUUCUGUGUUAUCAAUUUACCUGGGACUAAAAACAAAUCGUUGACUUAGACAAACAGAGAAACAUGAAACCAACGAGAAAAAAAGUUUAUCUGUAUACUUUGUUAACCAGUUCACAUAGCAGGUGUGUGGGGAUCAGAGCUUGUCAGAACUAGUAUCUCAGGCCUUCUAGUUCUGUUCCAAAGUUAAGCUCCACUGUUCAGGAAGUCGGUGCACGAUCCCAGAGAAUGAUGCUACUUUGUAAGCAGCGUCAUGGACAAGGCAUGGUGUCAUUCUCAAAUUAAACUUGGCGAACUUGUUUAUGAUCCUAACAAAAUAUUCGAAUAUUUUACAUUGCCCUUAUGACAGAAGGGGUGAUGAGGUGAAGAUAACUGGCAAGAGAACUCAGAAGAAAGCUACAGCUCCCGUUAUACAAUAGUAGACUUAAUUAUUGCACAAGCGGCGCGACUCUUGGUCAGUGGGAACAUUCAGUGCAACACUUCGACACCUAGAAUGACGAUAGAAUCCUUCAAAUUUUAGUAUGCACCCAAGAUUUACAAUUUUUUUUAAUACUUUGUUAUCAUUUCUUGACACGCACUCCAAUAUUUUUUCUCUUCCCAUAGGUGAUGACACAAAAACCACAGGUCUGCUUUUGAUGUUCUGAGUUUUGAUCUGUAUUUAAAUAACUUAUCUGAUACUGUCAAACCCCUAUUAACUUACGUAAUUGAGAACCACUUCACGCAGAAAAAGUCCCCAGUCAUUCGCUCUUCAAAGCCUUUGAGGACGGUAUUACCUAAGAACAUUCUCAGUGGUCUAAGUUAAAAGCGCGAAAUUAUGACAUUGUUUGUAGAAUAAGCUCCUUCCAGAUAUUAUAAUAUAUUUCUUUCUUUAAUGCAUCACUGUUGCAAACUGGAUGACUUUUGCACACUCUCGCCCUCCGAUCUAUAGCUUCAAAGCGAUUUGAAAGAGUACAUUAAUGUUCAGUGCACGGAUACUCCACGUUUGCACUGCCAUAAACUCAAAUAUCCAGUUUCUCUCAGAUUGUUACUAUGGAGUGGGUGUUGGUUACCGUGGAAAUGUGAACGUCACCCGAUCUGGUCGUACAUGUCAGUCUUGGAAAUCCCAGUGUCCACAUCGUCACUGGCGGAUCCCUAAAGACGUCGCCAAAUCCAAAAAUGACUCGAACCUGUGUCGUAACCCGGAUAGCAGUGCCCCAGAUGGACCGUGGUGUUAUACCACAGACCCAAACGUCCGAUGGGAAUAUUGCAACGUAUCUCGUUGUCCUCCAAGAGGUAAAGUCAACCACUGAGAAAGAGAAAUAAUUAGAGAGAUUGAAAUGUACAUCCAAAUAUAAGUUCAUCAAAAAGUAAUAUGUAUUAGAUAAUAAGCGGGUUUUUUAUGAGGAGAACUCACGUGGCUGUAAAUUUCAAAAUAAGACGCGGAAAAAGGUUUGGGUCAUAAUGACUACGCGACAACUAUCUCGAUUACACUGUCUCGAUAUUAAUUAG